AUGAGGCGAUCCGCCAUUUUUUUCGUCCUAGGUCUUUUGGUUUUAACCACUCUCACUUCAGCUGAAAUAUACUUAAAAGAAACGUUUUCCGACGAUGACUGGGAAAAGGAAGACCUCGGCACGUUUAAAGUAACAGCUGGUGAGUUUUACGCUGACGAAAUUGAGUCUCGUGGCCUUCAAACUUCUGAAGACGCAAGGUUUUAUGCAAUUUCUACGAAACUUGACAAGAUAAUCGAUAAUUCGGAUAAGGAUUUGGAAGAAGCGUCUGGAACUUUAGAGGAAGAUUUUGAUUUGCUUCCACCAAAAGAAAUUAUAGAUGCCAGCGCUAAAAAACCGGAUGAUUGGGAUGAUGUAGCCGAGAUCCCUGAUCCAGAUGAUCAUAAGCCAGCUGAUUGGGUAGACCACCCACCCACGAUCCCAGAUCCUGAUGCAAAAAAACCUGAUGACUGGGAUGCAUUAACUAAAUGUUUUUUUUUUUAUAAAGAUGAAAUGGACGGGGACUGGGAGCCACCACAUAUCUCUAAUCCCGAAUACAAAGGAGAGUGGCAACCAAAGAAGAUUCCCAAUCCAAAGUACAAAGGAGUAUGGAAGGCACCUAUGAUUCCAAAUCCAGAUUAUGUUCCGGAACCACAACUUCAUGCUUACAACAGCGCAUUUCUUGGAUUCGAUUUGUGGCAAGUGAGAUCUGGCACAAUAUUUGAUAAUAUAUUGAUUACUGAUGAUGUUGAAACAGCGGAAUCAUUUGCCAAUGAGACAUUUAAAGACGAUGACGACAUUAUUGAUCUAGAUGUUAACCUUGGUGAUGAUGGAGAAGUUAAAGUUACAAAACCAGAUGACAAAGAAAAAGAGACCAAGGUAGAGAAAGAAGGAAAAGCUAAGGAUGAAAAGGCUAAGGAUGAAAAACCUAAGGAUGAAAAGCCUAAGGAUGAAAAAGCUAAGGAUGAAAAGCCUAAGGAUGAAAAGCCUAAGGAUGAAAAAGCUAAGGAUGAAAAGCCUAAGGAUGAAAAAGCUAAGGAUGAAAAGCCUAAGGAUGAAAAAGCUAAGGAUGAAAAGCCUAAAGAUGAGAAAGUUAAGGAUGCAAAAGAGGUGAAAGUUAAAGAUGACAAAGAAAAGCCUAAGGAUGAGAAAGUUAAGGAUGAAAAAGAUAAAGUAAAGGUAGAAAAAGAAACAAAAGAAGAACCAAAGGUGAAAAAGAAUGAAAAAGACGAAAUGGAUAAAUUAUUUGAUGACUUUGAGGAAGAAUUGGGUCUGCCUCCAAAACCGCCAAAGAAAGAUCAUAAAUUACCAAUAAGAGAUGAAUUUUAG